UCUGUAAGAGUCAACUUGCAGCCAUGCCUGUCUAGUCCAGAUUCAUGACUUUGUUUGUGUGAUCUCUGUGGUUCUUGUGGCUGUUUCUAAGAUGCGGAGGUUUUCCCAGUCUAGCAGAGAGCUGUGAGAGGGGCCCCUCUUGAGCUAUUCAUGCCUCUUUGCCCCUGGAUCUCUACCACUGAGUUGCAAGUAAGGCACCUUUUGCAUUGUGGAGGGGAGUGAUUUGGGAGAGGAAGUAGAUCUGAGAAUUUGUUUUCUGUUUUUGACAGAUUGCUGGGCCUUGCCUGUCUCUCUCCUUGGUCUGCUUCCUCUUAACCUGACGAGCUGAGGGCCGCAAGAACCUCUUCGUUGCUGGGUCCGACCCGGGUCUUCCAAUCUGCCACCUCAGGACAUUUUUUUAAAUCCCAUGGCGAGCGACAAGGAGCCCUGAGUCAGGCGCAUGUUGUGAAACGGGUGGUCGUGGCUCAGCCUGGAAACUCUGUUGCAAUCCCAGAGCUAAGGGGGGAAAAAACCCUACCCCACGUGAGUCAGCAGAGCCUGAGCACCAGUUGUGGGAAGCUGUUAGAGCAGCACAGACGCUGCUUUGGGGCUGCGUCUUGGCCAGCACCUGCAAGAUAAAGCCCUCCUUCCUGCUUCCUUGCACUUUGAGGGGCACCAGAGCAACAUGGGUUCCUUGUUCCGCAGCGAAGAGAUUUGCCUGGCCCAACUCUUCAUGCAGACAGCUUCAGCCUACGCUUGUGUCAGCGAAUUAGGCGAGCGGGCACUUGUGGAGUUCCGUGAUUUGAACCCCCAUGUCAAUGCCUUCCAACGACGUUUUGUGGGGGAGGUGCGACGAUGUGAAGAUAUGGAGAAGACCUUCACUUACUUGGCACAGGAAGUGCGGAAGGCCGGACUUUCGCUGACGCCCCCCCAGGAGAACCUGCCAGCUCCACAGUCCCGCGAUGCCCUGCGUAUCCAGGAUGAGUCGGAGACGCUGGCGCAGGAGCUGCGGGAGGUGAGCCACAACCGGGAGAAGCUGGUUGGUCGGCUGCAGGAGAUGCGGGAGCAUAUUCAGGUGUUGCAGCAGGGGCAGCACUUCACUGGGCAACUGGUGCCGUUAGGAUCGCCCGCCCGCCCACGGGCCUUCUCUGACAGAGAACCCCUGCUUGACCCAUCCAUGGCACAGAGACUGGACCUCAAAAUAAACUUUGUGGCUGGUGUGAUCCACCCGUCUCGGGUGAAUUCCUUUGAACGGCUGCUGUGGCGCGCGUGCCGUGGCUAUCUUGUGGCCCACUUCAUAGAGAUGGCAGAGCCGAUGGAAAACCCGUCCACGGGUGAGAGUGUCACCUGGGUCAUCUUCCUCAUCUCCUACUGGGGUGAACAGAUUGGGCAGAAAAUCCGCAAGAUUGCCAACUGCUUUCACUGCCACCUGUAUCCAUAUGCCGAUUCAGAGGCUGAGCGCGGGGAGACACUGCAUAAGCUGGGCACUCAGAUUGAAGAUCUGACCACGGUAUUAGGCAAGACGGAGCAAUAUCUGAACCAGGUGCUGCAAAAAGUGCUGAUGGUGUUGCCUGCUUGGCAAGUGCGGAUACAGAAGAUGAAGGCCAUCUUCUUCAUCCUCAACCAGUGCAGCUUCAACAUCACGGACAAGUGCCUCAUUGGUGAAGUCUGGUGCCCUGUCCGCGAUCUUCCUGCUGUGCAGCAGGCCCUGCGCGAGGGAUCGCACCGCAGUGGUUCUGCAGUGGAGUGCUUUGCCCAUCGGAUCUCCUGCACUGAGCCCCCACCCACCCUCAUCCGCACCAACAAGUUCACUGCCGGCUUCCAGAACAUUGUCGAUGCCUACGGGGUGGCCAGCUACCAGGAGGUGAACCCAGCUCCCUACACCAUCAUCACCUUCCCAUUCCUCUUUGCCGUCAUGUUUGGGGAUGUGGGCCAUGGACUGCUGAUGUUCCUCUUCGCCCUUUGGAUGGUGCUGGCUGAGAACCGCCCGGCCAUGAAGAAGGUGGAAAACGAGAUCUGGCAGACUUUCUUUGAGGGCCGCUACCUCAUCCUCCUGAUGGGUGCCUUCUCGAUAUACACCGGCUUCAUCUACAACGAAUGCUUCAGCAAGGCCACCAACAUCUUCCCAUCUGCCUGGAGCGUCGCCGCCAUGGCCAACUCCUCUGAAUGGAGCCCGGAGGAUAUAAAUCAUAACCCUGUUCUCACCAUGAACCCCAACAUCACAGGAGUCUUUAAGGGCCCCUACCCUUUUGGGAUCGACCCGAUCUGGAGCCUGGCCGUCAACCAUCUCACCUUCUUAAACUCCUUCAAGAUGAAGAUGUCUGUGAUCUUGGGCAUUGUGCACAUGAGCAUUGGCGUGUGCCUUGGCAUCUUCAACCACAUCCACUUCAGGCAGCGUUACAAGCUUCUACUGGUUUUCCUUCCGGAGAUCACCUUCCUGCUGGCACUUUUUGGCUACCUUGUGGUCUUGAUCUUUUACAAAUGGGUGAUGUACGACGCUGCUCGUUCCCGGUGGGCACCCAGUAUCCUCAUCCACUUCAUUAAUAUGUUCCUGUUCUCAGAGACUGAGGGUAACCUCCCACUCUUUGAACAGCAGGACAUAGUGCAGAAGGUGCUGGUGGUGGUGGCCCUGAUCUCUGUACCUGUCCUGUUACUGGGGUCGCCCUUGUACCUCUGGUGCCAGCGUCCGCGCCGGGCCUCUCGGCCCAGGCUCAACCCCUCCAGCGCAGAGGAGCGCCAGCCUCUGCUGAACUCACAGGAGCCGAGCAGAUCCGUGAACGUCGCAGAGGAUGAUGUGGAUCGUGCUAAUUCCAAACAGGAGUUGGAGUUUGACUUCUCCGAGGUGUUCAUGCAUCAGGCCAUCCACACCAUCGAGUACUGCCUGGGCUGCAUCUCGAACACAGCCUCCUACCUGCGCCUGUGGGCUCUCAGCUUGGCCCACGCACAGCUCUCAGAGGUCCUGUGGACCAUGGUGAUGAGGAAUGGCUUCCACAUGCAAGGCUACCGGGGUGGGGUAUUCCUUGUGCCGGUCUUCGCCUUCUUCGCAGUAUUGACGGUGGCAAUCCUGCUGGUGAUGGAGGGACUUUCGGCUUUCUUGCACGCCCUGCGUCUGCACUGGGUGGAAUUUCAGAACAAGUUCUAUGCCGGUGCCGGGUACCGGUUCAACCCCUUCAGCUUCAUUACCCACGUCUGGGACUAAGAGAAAGAGGACUUCUCUUCUGAGAGCAGAUGCGCUGUGCGCCCUCUUGAGCCAAUGGGGAACUGGAUUGGCUGAUGCUGCAUUUUCUUACUCGAGCCGCUGACUCUUGCUUCUUCCCCCUUUCUGCCAGUCGUGCCUCCUGUCCCCCCAGAAGGUGUGACAGAGCUUCUUAACCUCCAUCCCUCUCUUGGGGAAGGAAACCACUUGCGUUCUCCCCUCUGCCAUGCUUCAGGUGAGGUCCUAUGCCUCGUUGUUGGAAUAACAGUAUUUGCGAAGAAAUUCUGGAGUUAAGGAAAGAGUUUACAGAACCCGUGUCCUGUGCUGUGACACCUUCCUUCUAGCCCUUGAUCCACAGGACUUGCAGCUGAACCAACCUGCCUUGUGAUGCUGCUGGGAAGGAAUGGAAAGGACACCAGAAUAGGGAUAGGUCCAUAUGUAGGUUUUUGCAGAUGGCAACUUCCGUCUUUAUUGCUCAUUCCUGUCUGUGAAGAUGCAGCUUUGCUUAUUCACAUCUAAGGACAAGGGAGAGACCAGGGAGGAAGCUGCCCACAUUUUGAAAGCCUGCACUAGAUUUUUAAUGGGUGCUAAUUUCUACAUCUGUAUGCCUCUCUCAAAGAGCUUUGUUUCCCUGGUAAGGAGCCUGGGGUUGAGACCCUGCAUCAGGCUGGGCAUCCUAUGUUGCUGCAGGUGAGUUUCAAGCCCUCUCCUCUCGCCUGAUUUGAAGGAACAUCUGCUUGUGCUAGUGAAGUGGCCGACAUCCUGGUGCAGAAAGAUCUGGAAGGGGGUUGAUGUGGCCGUGCCUGCCCUUUCCGUAGGUCCUGGGUGUGGGGGAGGGCAAAUAAUAGCAGUCCUGUACAGGUCAGACUUGCAGACAAACGUUGCCAAGGGCAAGAGAGCCACUCCUGCCCUGAAUUGCAGAACAAACUUCAUCUUGAGGGCAAGAAGGUCAUAGCAGCACCCCUGGCUCCCCCUGAGGAGUCCCGUGUUUUAACGAGAGGGCAAUGUGACAUAAGCAGAUUGCUUAGAAUUCGGUGUUUUAAAAGCCACUCACUCUCUUAUCACUGUAACCACUAAAUUCUGAAAUAAAAGCAUAACCCUUGCUGCAUUUUUA